GAGGCGGAGGUGGCGGACGCGGAAAUCCGCGCCAUGUGUUUGCAGUACGGGCACACCGAAGACUUCUGCUGCGGAGGCUGCCUGCUCUCUGUGAAGAGUCUCUUCGGCGAGGGCUGGUAUGACGUGUUCAAGACAAUCGUUGAGAUCGUGGGGGACAUCGGCACCCUGCUUUUCUCCUUCGUGGCGGCGAAGUACGCCAUGAACGUGUCCAUGUCCAGCGAACACGUGGAGAUUCAGUGUCAGCGCGCGCCCACCUGCUGCGGCCUUUUGUCCGUGGACAAGCUGAACGACUUCAGCUCGGUGGAGCCUUUGGCUCUGGACUUCCUCGCCAAGAUGUUCAUGGAGGCGCGCUCGCGGCGGAUUGAUUUUUCUCAAAACCAGCGGGGUUGA